AUUCUCGUCAUUUCAGUGACAAACUUUAGCUCUGCAACACGCGGCCAAAGUUUGGUGUAGUCGUAUUCCUGUACGAUCGGUUUCCAUCGUUGUGAUCUUUAAAGUUUAAAGUUUAAUUCGUGCAAGCGACAACAAGUGCGGACGUACCUCGAUCGAAUUAGCUAACGAACAAAACGCACCAUCAUGUUAUCAACCAUCGGUGAACUCUUCGGUGAUCAUGAAGUGAACGAUUUUAUUGAAUACAAAACACACGUUAGUGAUAACAAGUUUUGGUCCACGGAGCUGGACAACGUGCCGUUCCUUGAUCGUAGCACGGUAGGAUCGUUGCUCGAUCUGGACGAUUCACCACCGACAUACGAUGAAUUCUACACCUCCAAGUUUAUGAUUCCUUCGGCAGUGCAGCCCACCGAGGUUUCUGGCUUUUCCAGCAUUCCAUCGACAACCAUUCCUCAAGAUCACCAACCAAUGGAAUCAGUAUGGCCCACAGUCACCAGAACCGAUCAUUCAACAUCUUUUAGUAACCAGCCAUUAUCGAACACUGGAGACGGGAUUACCUCCGCAAGCGUGAAUGUAGCCACCGGAUAUGGUGCCACGACCAAGCGAUCUCGAACGGCAUUCACUAGCUCUCAAUUAGUGGAGCUGGAAAAGGAGUUUCACUCGAACCGUUAUCUGUGCAGACCCCGCCGUAUUGAACUAACCCGGAAGCUGGCUCUGACUGAGCGACAAAUCAAAAUUUGGUUCCAAAACCGACGCAUGAAGCACAAGAAAGAGAGCUCCAACGUGAAGGAUAUAAACAAGCUGAAAAGUUCCUGCCAUUGUACGGACGGUGAAACUUCCCAGUCCCCGAAAAUGUCCUCACCAUCGUCACCUCACAGUGCGCAUACAACCAUCGGAAUGGACGAAGAACGCAACGGGCACCAAAGCAUCGUCAACCGGUUAAUGGCACACUCCACUUACGCACCUCGCGCGACUGGCUAUAACAACGCUUCCGUGAGCCCCUACAACAGCGAUAAGAACGGAAAUACGUUCACCUAUGUUGACAAGCCACGAAACACGUCUACGGCCAGCAACGGGUUUGAAUCAACGUACACUUCCUUAACAGCAAGUGCUAAUGCGAAUGAAAUAUUUGGCCAGCCGAUGAUGUGCGCGGACCAGCCUGAUCACUCGAACCUCAUCCUGUCGGCAGACAACGAGAUCUGCGCCGAACUUAAGGAAUUUGAUCACUGUUCGAUAUUCCCCUCCAUCAUUGAGGCACUCGAUUCCAGCUUUCUCCCUCAUUCAUUGCCACCGAAAACUGCGACAACGAUUGAUGAAUCACUCAAGGAACCAACGCAGAAGACUAUGAUCCUAAUGCCAACGGUUUCCUCCGCUUCGACCGAAGACCCCAGCAAUGCCAAUCCUUUACUUGACAGCUCGUACCGUUCUCUCGCUAGUUUUAAUCAGCCUACCGUUGCUCCCGCUGCAUCUACGGACGGCGACAUCAUCGGUGUCAGUUCGCCAUCUGUCACUAUUCAGUGGGGCAAUAAGAACCACCAAAAACAGCACCAUAAUCAUCUUCUUCGCCCAGCUCCUGUAAUCGAAGAUUCCAACAACAACAACAGCAAAGGCCACAAAUUUGACUCGCUGUGCAGUGGUUCGGCGCUUGGUCAUCAACAUCACACCACCGUUCAGUUACAACAAAUCCCAUCAUCAAUUAAACAACAACAACAUGCCGUUGGAGUGGGAUUCAACGUUUCCCUGCACGCACCCACUGUAACAACGACUGGCGCGACAAAUGCCAUGCUUUCCUCACCUAGCGAUGGCGCUAACGUAUUUCUAGAUCUUUAGAGAUUAUAAAACCGCAGUACCAAUAUCCCACGCGACGCUCAUCAGCCAACAAAUGCCGCCAAAUGGGAACGCGGAAGCACGAGGGAGCGAAAGUAAUUAGAAUUUAAGAUACACCCAAAUCCACACGAUACUGUUUCUGGACAAGACGGCACCAUCACCAGAUUUCAACGCGAAAUGCUUUGUAAAGAUACUAGCAAUAAAGGAAUGCGAAGGGAGUUCUAUAUUUUACAGCACUAGUUCGAAAUAAAAACCGCUACCGGACGGGUUUGAUUAGGAUUAGGCAACUGAUCACAAGAACGGCAACUUGUUAUCCCUUUCGAACCGUUACAAUGGUUCACUUUUUGUAAUUCUACUGGGCAACUGCUGGAGUUCCCACCGCGAAGAUAAUUUAAUUUAAUAAACCAUCACAAUUUGUACUCAA